AGAAAAAAAAAAAGAAAAGAUAAAUAAACUAACUUCAUUUAAUAAAAAAAAUUAAAUGAAUAAAGAAGUCUCGGUUCUUAUCUCUCGAAUACUCUUCUUUCAACAGCUGUUUAACGUUUGUUUAUUUGUUGUGAUCCUUUGUAUACACACAUACAUUAAUUUCUUUAAAAAUUUCAAAAAUUUUGGAAAUAGAUCUCUUGCGACAAUUAAAGAGGUAAUUUCGUGUAAAAUCUAACGACACCAAAUAAACACAUAAGCGCAUCAAUUCCAAACAAGUGAAUCAAUUCCUAAGCACGUGCAACGACAAAAUCAAAAAAUAAACAACAAAAAUCGUAAACAAAAAAUUCAGCCAAUGAGAAUCUCUAUGGAACAUACCUUUAUGUACUUUCGGCGGUGACAAUCCCAUCUCCAUCCACUCCGUAUUAAUAAGAAUGAUGACGAACAUCCCUGUUUUAACUUUCUUACCAUCUGAUUGCAGAAACAUUUAAUAAACAUUCCGAAAACCAAUAUUUGCAGCUAAAUAAAAAUAUUUGAAGGGAGCGCAUUGUUGAUAAUUUAAAAAAUUAAGAUUUGCAAACCGAAUAUCAUGAAACCUACUUUGGCAGCAGAUGAAAUGUUUCCUGAAGGUGCUGGCUACAUGGAUAUGGAAGAGUCCGGCAGUUCUUCUGCAAUUCUUAUGGACUUGGCUUCAAAUGAAAAGCAUGUCCAUGCCGAUUUCUACAACGAUUUCGAUGAUUUAUUUGAUGAUGGAGAUGACGAUCUUUUCAUCACUAACGAAAAUGCUAACUAGUUAGUAAUUAACUCUUUCGACCUAAAAAUCAAGCUACUUUAUAUUUUUAUACAAAAACUCCUGGAAAUGUACUUUUCUCAUUUACAAUUUAUUUCGCAGCUGAACGUUUUUUACAAACUGUUUAUAAUUAUUAAAGAAAAAACAAAAGAAAAACAAAAAUCUACAGGAAGGCGAACGAAAAAUAUACAGUUAUUAAAAAUACGACUAGCACCUGAAGUAAUUAAACACAGAAAAAAAAAAAACGAAAAAUGGAAAAAAAAGAAUUACUAAAAAUAUUUAACGAUUAUUUUUAAAUUACAAGUAAAUGAAAUUAACUUAACGCUUACAUCAUAAAUUGCGUUUCUAAAUUUUAAGGG